CCCUCUUCUUUCACGCUCUCGUCUUCGCGUCGCCGUCGCCUCCUUGCCGUGUGCCCUCUCUCUCUCCUGUCUCCGGUACCCUUAGGCAAGGCGCGCGCGCUCACUCUCUCCUUUUCCCGGGUCUCCUUUCCACGAUUCACCCGGCAACCUCAGUCGACGACUUCUCCGGCUGGUAGCCCUCCUCGGAGUCUAUAUAAGCGAAGGCUUCAUACGAGACCGAACAUUUUUUGUGUUAGUACCGGCGAGUCGUGUGGUGCUCGACCGUCAAAGAGGCUGCAGGCUGACGAGUGCCAGUAUGGUGUGCGCGACGUGUGAUACGACGAAUCACCGUUAAAUCGUAUACGACAAGCUCGGGAUAGACGCGACUUCCUUUAAAGUGCGGUGGCGAAAAGUAGACGAGUCGAGAACGGAGGAGAUUCACGGAGAGUGUCGGAUAAUUUGUGUGUAGUGCCGAGACUACGGUUCAUGCGCGUGUGUCAUGGCUAAAUUCAAGAUGUUAUUCGUGCUGUUCUGCGUCCUGCUGAUUGGACACCAUGUACAGGCGGUAGUCCACAAGACGUCCUCGCAAACACCGUUAGCGAAGGAAGAAGAGAAACCUGGCAAGGCCAAAGCCGACGAUAGAAUAAGCAAUACUUUCGCUUCUCCGGCCGAGGACUAUGGACUACCGUCGGGGUCCGCGGGCUUUAACGGGCCGGCACCGGUGUAUGGACCUCCAGAGUUAGUCGGUAAUCUUAGACCAACGCCCAUUUACCCGCCGCCACCAGCGGAAUUGCCGCCGCCUAUAUUUGGAACGCCGGCCGUCUCGUAUGGUUUGCCGCCGCCACCGCCGCCGCGGACUAUCAAGCCGCAAUAUGGACCGCCGCUGAAGCAAAGUUUCGCUUCGACUUCCCUCCUCGCGAAGCCUAGCUACAGCCCUCCGAAACUUCAUUACGGACUGCCAAAGCAACACUUUACGCCGCCGUCGGCCUUGUUCCCGUCAUUCAAAUUGCCGAAACCUCACUACGCUCUUCCCCCAUUGAAGUUGGUCGGCACAUCGAGUCAACAAUAUAUACCGCCGUCAGCCACGAGUCAGCACGGGCCGCUCAAGCCAGGCCACGGACCACCUAUCCCUAUAUCGCUCGAGACUUACGGUCCACCGCCUGCGAAAUUAGCUAUUCAGUUUAAUCCUCUGCCCAAUGACGAGUACGGUCCACCGCCGCCGCCCGCGCCGCAACCGCAAUACGGUCCACCGGCCGGUGAUUUAUACGAACCUCCGCUGCCGGCACCUCCGCCAGGAGUUCCAGCACCACCCACACCUCCUGACAUAAAGUACGAUGGAUGGCAGCCCAUCGCGGGAUUGGCCAGCUCCCCUAAUCAAAGUGGCCCACCGACAGAUACGUAUGGUCCACCCACCGAAGUCAAGCACAAUUACGUCGAGGCCUCGACUUCUUCCGGGACGCACUUGUCCCAUGCAUCCUUGAGCGUGCCGACCAAUUCGAACGUGCCCAGCGACUCUUACGGGGUGCCGAUACACAACCCCGAGGCUCAGGAUCUCAAGACGUCCGUGCACCAGUCAUCGGCUUCCUCGGAGAGCAACGGCUUGCCGCCGCCGCCGCUGCCGCAACAAGAGCCUCUGCACAACAAUCAGGGUCCGGGGGUCGUCGCUCCCACCGGUCACGCCGGUCACGCCGAUCAUCAAGCCGGCUUGCAUCAACAACAACAGUUGGGCUUGCAGUAUAGCGCGCCAAACAUCGAGCCCUUGUCCAUCGUGAAGACAGUAGGAUUCGAAUUGUUACCCACUACCGGUGGCGCUUUGGGCACGGAUCUCCAGGGUUUAUCAUUGUCAGGUGGCACUUCCGACGUUUCGUCAUUCAAUCAUAUUACGAGCUCGGUUAACGCCAAUUCCGCUUCGCUUCACUCCGGUCUGGAAUUGACACCGGACAAUGGUGGAUCUCACGCUAUUGCUCCGGGCAAUGACGGGGAUUCCCACGGCUUCCAGAAUACCGGUGUUGACCUGUCUCUGCAACAGCUGCCGCAGCCGACGCCGUCGAGCGAUUACGGCGCGCCUCUCAACACUUUCGGGAAGCACGGCGGAGUGUCCUCCCCGGCCUUGCUGUCUCCUCCGCCUUUAGAUUCUUAUGGCGCGCCACCUCUCUCGUCUUACUCGCCCAACGGACCGUACCCUGUCGCGCAAGGUGGACGGAUUACGCCUCUGUUUUCGUCAUUCGGAUUGUUCGGAGGCUCUUUCCACAAACAAAAUCUGCACCAUCCCAAGAUCCACGCUCCGAUCAGGCCACCGCCGGUUCCUCCCGGUUCUUUGAUACCACCGCGAAAUCGCGAGCCAGUCAAGUUCAGGGAACCUAUACCGAUAGGUCUCUUGUCGAACAUUAAUCGAUAUGUACCGCCAUUUACAAAGCAAAAACUGCACGGGCCGUCGAUACCGCUUGGGCAGCAGUUGCCAAGCUACCACGCGCCAACACCUUUCCGUUACGUCUCAGGACCGGCGCUCUCCGGGUCUUUCUCCUCGGCCGGAUCGCACAGUGAUUAUAGCGUGAAUUCCCCGGUCGCCGCGCCGCACGUCCAAUACGGAACACCAUUGUCGUUUACCGACUUCAACACACCAGCACCCCACUUGACGUACGGGGCGCCUAAUUUCGGUCCACCAACUUCUUACGUCUCGACAUUCUCCGGUUUUGACCAGAAUCUCUACAGCGAUAUCGGUAACAACGCGCUGACAAUGACAUACGGCACUCCGAACGCGCCAUUACCGAUCAACGGUGAUCACGACUGCAAUUCUUUGCAGCCGCUUUUUCCCCCGAGCGGAGGGCUACCUUUGAGCGGUAGCUCACCCUUGAACAGAGAAUUGCAUUCCAGCGGAGAGGCGCACUUGAGUGCAGGCUUAUCUUCGGGCGGUGGAGUGCCCUCGAGCGAGGAGCUAUCGUUGGGUGGCAGAUUACACGAAGGUGCACAUUCUGACGGCAAGUUGCAAGUCGCUUUUGAAAACGCGGUCAAUCCCGUCGGGCAUGCGGAAGACCCCGCUCCGUUUUUCACCAACUCGCUGUCAACGGGCUUCGCGAGUCCUGCCGGAGAUGAUCACCUUAGUCCCAUCUACCGUGGCCACUCGCUGCCCACGAAACCGUUCGACAACUUCCUGGCAGCGCCGUCGGUGAAUACGCUGGACUUGCAGUACAACGAACAACAGAAGAUCAACCUGAAGGACAGCUACGGCAAUCCCGUGGGAGUGACUUACGACGCGGCCAACGAAGCGAGCAAUUCAAAGAUCGUUCACGCAACCACUCCGGACGUUUCCAACGAGCUCUCCGUGCAUACCUCUAGUCAAACUCACUAUCCCGUAGCAACGUCGUUCCAGCAAGAUGGAAUGUCGGCCGAGGCGUUCACCGCGAGCUUGACCGCGCGAGAGUUCAGCAAAAAAGUCGAGAAGAGUCUCGGGUCGAAUGAGGUGGACGCUGAUCAAUUCUUGAAGUCGAGCGAGGGCAGUGAGGCAUUGUCCCUGGCGCAAGGACUAACCGCCAAUGAUGCUGGCAAUUUUGAGGUUCACGGCUCCAGAGGUACCUACACCCUGCAGAUACAACCUGCGGACGGGGGACUGGGCACCGAAAAUGCGGACGGCAGCAUCAGACACGAUCAGGUGUUAUCCAACGGACUGCUGCAGGACAUAUUGGCCGCCAUCGAGCGACCGGAGAACGAUCCCGUUCAAUUUCAGGGCCCACCGGAGUCCCAGUUAUUGAAGGUUUUCGAUAAUCAGGCCGAAGGGACUAGUAUGAAAGGUCACUUUAUCGGCGCGUUGGAGAACUACAAGCUCCCAGAGCGAAACAAGCAAGCCACGAACGAGAAGGAAAAGUACAAGACCCAACCUGUCGCUUUGUUCUACAAUCAUAAGUACGAUGAUACGUAAAAAGAGAUUAGGUCGGUGUCGAAAAGCGAGACACAAGUCGCGAAAGGGAACGAACGGAGCGAGAACAGUUCCGCGAGGAUGCAAUCCUCGUAAUUUGGAUCGUGAGUGCCUUUAUGAAAAUAUUUAAUAGUAUUUCUAAUGAUGCGCCUUGACUGCCCGGAUGUUGCAUUUCGCGGAGAGUUUUCGCCUUCCGUUUUUGACGGGGGGAGAGGGGAUAUCGCCGCUAACGCAAUGCCAUUUACUUUCUUCGCUUACGGUCGAUCAACAAAGAAUUCCGGUAAAUGUCCUCCGAGCUGCGAGAUCCUCGCGACAACGUCGCGGAUACUUUUUUUUUUGCGUGUCGGUGUGCGGAGCGUUGUGCUGACUUCUCGUUGAUUUCCCUCAUUGAAUCGCAGACGAAUAAUCUGAUAUUUCCGUAUACCUCAACAGACGAGGAUUUUUAUCUCUAGAGAAGUCGCAACGCGACGGAUAAACGCGCUAUAAAACAGUAUUUUUUAAGAAAAUGUUUCACAACUUUCCUGUGAGUUGUUUUAUCGUUUGAAUGUCCCAAAAGUCGUUUUACCGCGUAAAUGUUCCGCGAUUUCUGGUGCCGCGCUGGGCUUUGAAAGCACCUUUGCAAGAGUAUGAUUGACUGGAAGCUGGAAUUAGAAGCCGCGCGAACGGAGAAGGAAAGUAAUCCUUUUUCUCUUGUUGCAAGCGAGCGAAAGUGAUAAUUACUUGUUGUAGACUUGUGUAUCGACAGCAGGUUAUUAGAAGGAAGCGCUCGCCAAGAACUUUUCAUCUCUCAGCGGCAGGAUUACGGGCGCGAUUGUAGGAAGAGAGACGCGCGAGUGUGCUCCCGGCAUUUUUAUCGCACGGCCAGAUUCUGUCAGUUGGUGAAUGCCGCCGAUCCCGUUAUCGGCUCGUACGUUUACCGGAAUUUCGCCGAAGGAAGAUACAGGACAUACCAAUUGCACCCGGUGUCCUCGUGUCAGCGGCUUAUCCCACCCUUCGUCGUCCGUGGGAAUCUCGUCGGCUCAACAGUCCUUCCCUCCGGGAACGGAUCGCUGCUAAUUAUUCGACGUCGAGCGAGAUUUUUGUUGGACCAGCGGUGAUCGCCGGCAUUACUUUCAAGCCGAACCCGAUGAAAGUGUCCGGCAUUCGCGGCUCUCGCGUGAUACGCGGGUACGUUAAACCGGUACGAGACAUCAUGCGCGUUUAUUAAUGCUUAUGUAGGUCAAUAGGUUACGGCACUGCUCUCGCGGAGUACAGCUAGCGACGUGGCGCAAAGCUACGUAAAGUCGCUCGGUCGUUCGCCGGACGAUGGGACGUGAUCAACGGCCUCGUAUCUUUUGCGGUUUCAACCUUCGCCGAGGUGAAAGUUCAAAGCCUCGUUUAACGACCCGAUGGAACAGUAUACCCGGUGCUCUUAUGAGAGUCUCGUUUUGAGUGAAACGCACGCGAGUGUCUUUCUCCAUCUCUGUCUCUCUCUCUUUCCCCACGUUUGCGGGCGUUCGAGCGCAUCGCGCCUCGACUUCGCGUGUCCUCAGUGACGGAUAAUCGGUGGAUGCGAAUACGUCUAGUCCGCUGCUUACACGUGCGUAAAAGAAAGAAAGAAAAGAAAAUGAAAGAAGAAAAAGAGCAAAAAGGAAGCGUACACGACGCGUAUGCGUGCUUACGGGGGCUGCAUGCGACGGAAAUACACCGCACCCUUGAAACGUCUAUACUAUCGGCUACGGGGAGAGAGAACGCGCGAGCGACGAACCAUUACUUCCUUCCGCCGCGCGUAUUAACGACUUCAGCGCGCGAGCCGCGGUAAGGUACCGCGCGUAAGUCGAAAAUGAGUGCGUGUCGUGAAAGCGCGCCAUUAAAUUCCCGAGUGUGGCAUAAUCCUAAAGUUCUUGCAUUUUUAUGGUUUCCCCCUGGCGAACGGUUAUGCAUAACUUGGUGCACUAUUGCAGAUACGUAAAAUAAGUAGAGCGUGCACGCUUAAGAGACGCUCAUUGUUACGAAGUACGCAGCGACGAUACUGCCAAGCCAUAAAACGCAUCCACUCGCUCCUAAUCCAUAUCCACCUUCUUCUUCUAGGAUUUUAAUUUAUUAUUUUAUUCGCGCGAGAGCGCGCGCGCUCUGUGCACGGGCAUCCAGCUUAUAUCCGACGAGUAAUCGAUGCUAUCACUCGUCGGAUAUAACGAACUUAUUAGCUUGUACUUUUGAUAUAUGUACGCCCCGUAUGUAAAUAUAUCGAUACUUUGUAAAUAGAGCUCAAUUUUUGUCCUGA